UGUAGAAGGUCUUUCUGCUCUCCCUCUCCUCUCAGUCCUACAACCACCAGCAGUGGCCUCUCCUUCCUUCUGCCUGCAAAUGAGCCCAGUGGGCAGGCUGGAAUUACCACUUGUUCUAUGAAGAGAGACAUCAGAGUCUCCAGCUCCUCUGUAGUGCCCCCAUGCUGCCAAUCACAGCUGGGGAUGGCCUCUGUCGCCUGUCCACCUACCUGGAAGAACUUGAGGCUGUGGAAUUGAAGAAGUUCAAAUUAUACCUGGGGACUGCCCAGGAAUUGGGCCAGGACAAGAUCCCCUGGGGACGGAUGGAGAUGGCUGGUCCCCUGGAAAUGGCCCAGCUACUGGUGGCCCAUUUGGGGACAAGGGAAGCCUGGCUGUUGACUCUCAGUAUCUUUGAGCGGAUCCAUAGGAAGGACCUAUGGGAGAGAGGACAGAAAGAGGAUCUGGUGAGGGUUACUCCGCCUGGUGGCCCAUGCUCACUUGGGAGCCAAUCAGCAUGCUUUCCGGAAGUCCAUCCUGGCCCUCCAAGAAAAGAUCCUGGGGAAUCCUACAAGGACCAUGUCCGCAGGAAGUUCCGGCUGAUGGAAGACCGGAAUGCACGCCUGGGAGAAUGCAUCAACCUGAGUCACCGGUACACGCGGCUGCUGCUGGUGAAGGAACACUCAAAUCCCAUCUGGACCCAGCAGAAGCUCUUGGAUACAGGCCGAGGACAUUCGAGAACCAUGGGUCACCAGGCCAGCCCCAUCCAGAUGGAGACCCUCUUCGAGCCAGACGAGGAACGCCCUGAGCCACCUCGCACGGUGGUCUUGCAGGGGGCAGCUGGGAUAGGAAAAUCCAUGCUGGCCCACAAAGUAAUGCUGGACUGGGCAGACGGGAGGCUCUUCCAAGGCAGGUUCGAUUACCUUUUCUAUAUCAAUUGUAGGGAGAUGAACCUGAGCGAUGCCCAGGGCAGCGCACAAGAUCUCAUCUCCAGCUGCUGGCCUGAGCCUGGCGCACCCCUCCAGGAUCUCUUCCGUGCUCCUGAGCGUGUCCUUUUCAUCAUUGAUGGCUUUGAUGAGCUCAAGCAUUCUUUCCACAGUCCUCAGGGACCCUGGUGUCUCCGGUGGGAGGAGAAACAGUCCAUCCAGCAAAUUCUUAGCAGCCUAAUUAGGAAAAAGCUGCUGCCUGAGGUCUCUUUGCUUAUCACCACGAGGCCCUCGGCUUUGGAGAAGCUCCACGGCUUGCUAGAACACCCCAGGCACGUGGAGGUCCUAGGCUUCUCGGAGGCAGAAAGAAAGGAGUACUUCUUCAAGUAUUUCCACAAUGUAGAGCAGGCAAAGCAAGCCUUCAGCUUGGUGAGGGACAAUGAGCCUCUCUUCACCAUGUGUUUUGUGCCCAUGGUGUGCUGGGUGGUGUGCACCUGCCUCAAACAGCAGCUGGAGGGUGGGGGGCUUUUAAGGCAAACAUCCAGGACCACCACAGCUGUGUACAUGUUGUACCUUCUGAGUCUCAUGCAACCCAAGCCAGGGACCCCAACCCUCCAAGCCCCACUCAACCAGAGAGGCCUAUGCUCUUUGGCAGCAGAUGGCCUGUGGAACCAGAAGAUUCUAUUUGAGGAGCAGGACCUGCAGAAACAUGGCCUGGAUGGCGCAGAUGUCUCUGCAUUCCUCAAUAUAAACAUCUUCCAGAAGGACAUCAACCAAGCGAAGUUCUACAGCUUCAUCCACCUGAGUUUCCAGGAAUUCUUUGCAGCCAUGUACUAUAUCCUAGAUGGUCGGGAGAAUGGGCCAGGUCCCGACCAGACCGUGACAAGGCUGCUGACUGAAUAUGGAUUCUCAGAAAGGAGCUUCCUGGUGCUCACUGUCCGGUUCCUGUUUGGCCUCCUGCACGAGGAGAUGAGACAGUACCUGGAGAAGAACCUUUGCUGGAAGAUCUCGCCUUGCAUCAAGGCAGAACUGCUGGAGUGGAUUCAGAGCAAGGCACACAGUGAGGGCUCCACCCUGCAGCAUGGCUCACUGGAGUUCUUCAGCUGUCUGUAUGAGAUCCAAGAGGAGGAAUUCAUCCAGCAGGCCCUGGGCCACUUCCAGGUGGUCGUUGUCAGCCACAUUGCCACCAAGAUGGAGCACAUGGUCUGCUCGUUUUGUGUGAAGAACUGCAGAAACAUCAUGGUAUUGCACUUGUACGGGGCUGCCUACAGUGCGGAUGAAGAGGAUGGCAGGACAUGGCCUUCAGGGGCCAGACGCUGCCCAUGCCGUAAACCCAAGAGGAAUGUGUUGCCAGACGCCUACAGUGAGCACCUGGCAGCAGCUCUGUGCACCAACCCCAGCCUGAUAGAGCUUGCCUUGUACCGUAACAUCCUGGGGAGCAGGGGGAUGAGGAUGCUCUGCCAGGGCCUCAGACACCCCAACUGCAGGCUUCAGAACCUGAGGCUGAAGAGGUGUGGUGUCUCAGGGUCAGCCUGCCAGGACCUGGCCGCCGCACUCAGGGCCAACAGGAGUUUGACUCGCAUGGACCUCAGUGGCAACAGCCUGGGCAUCCCUGGGGUGGCCCAGCUCUGCGAGGGGCUCCGGCACCCCAGGUGCAGGCUGCAGAUGAUUCAGUUGAGGAAGUGCCUUCUGGAGGCUGAGGCUUGUGGAGAGAUCGCGUCUGUACUCAGCACUAACCCACACCUGAUGGAGUUGGACCUGACAGGCAAUGCCCUGGAGGACUCGGGGCUGAAACUGUUGUGUCAAGGACUGCAACACCCCGUCUGCAGGCUGCAGACCUUGUGGCUGAAGAUCUGUCACCUUACUGCUGCCUCCUGUGAACACCUGGCCUCCACCCUCAAUGUGAACCAGGGCCUGACAGAGCUGGACCUGAGCCUCAAUGAUCUGGGAGACCCUGGGGUGCUGCUGCUGUGUGAGGGCCUCAGGCACCCCACAUGCAAACUGCAGACCCUCCGGUUGGGCAUCUGCCGCCUGGGCCCUGCGGCCUGUGCUGGCCUGUCCCUCGCACUGCAGGCCCCUGCCGGGCUGCGGGCCCUGGACCUGAGUUUCAACGACCUGGGUGACACCGGCGUGCACCUGCUGACUGAGGGGCUGCAGCACCCCAUGUGCAGGCUGCAGAAGCUAUGGCUGGACAGCUGUGGCCUCACAACCAAAGCUUGUGAGGAUCUUUCUUCCACCCUGGGGACCAACCAGACACUCACUGAACUUUAUCUGACCAACAAUGCCCUGGGGGACACAGGUGUCUGGUUGCUGUGCAGGAGGCUGAGACACCCCAGCUGCAAACUUCGAGUCCUCUGGUUAUUCGGAAUGGACCUGAAUAAAAUGACUCACAGGAGGCUGGCAGCACUCCGUGUAACCAAGCCUUAUUUGGACAUUGGCUGCUGAAUUCCCAGAAGUCAGGAUGGAAGAUGGGAGGAUGUACCCUUGAAGCCCAGGCUUCUUUUACUGGUGCUGGGGAUAGAAGCCAGAAUCGUGGGCAUGCUAGGCAAGCACAUUACCACUGAGCUAUAUGACCAGCCCUUGGUUUGAGACAGGGUGUUAUGUAACCCACAUGCCUCUAUCCUUCUGUGAGUGCUAGGGACUACAGGGGUGCACCAGAUACCAACUGUGUGCAGGUUGAACCAAGUAUCCCUGCACUUGGGAUGUAGGCAAUCUGCAGAGAAUUCAGGACAGUCAGCUGCUGACCACAAAGGCUUAAAACUCCUACUUAAGACCUAAAAGCACAGGCUUUUAACUCUGUGGGAGUAGGGCAGAGUCAGGCUGACUUACUACUGGGGCAGAUGUGACUGCCACCUAGUGGGCAGAGUAGAAAUGCUGCUUGCCACCCUGCAGUGCACCCAAAUUUGCCUGUUAUUGGGAAAGGUGUGUUGAAGGCUGGUUGGGGUGGAGUUCCAUGGCUCAGUACUUGCCUAGUAUGUGAAACUAGGUGCUGAAUAGCCAGUACUGCAGGAGCAAAGAGGUUAAUAUCCUGAGGAACUGUCCCUUUGGGAAGAGUCAGACCUCAAAAUGCAUAACUAAGACUACUCUCCUGCGGGGGUGAGGGGGGAAGGGAGAAUCACCUAAUGCCAAAUGUGCAGUGUAGAAGGCAGUCCAGUUUUCCUCCCACACAAGUGAAUAGUAAUCACUUGCAAUCAACCUGACCCAAUCCUCAAUAAACAUGCCAUCGUACCGAAUCACCUGGAAUACCUCAUCUGAGCCAUCAGAAGAUCUAAGCACUCACUGCACCUCUUAGUUUUGACUAAGACAGUUGCACCCCCACCACAACACCCUAACAUCCACAGGUUAUUCCACAUGGAGGUGGGAAUCACUCCUACUCCCCCACUGCCUCAGGAAACCAUGGGGAAGUCUAACUUUUGAGUAUCCAGUUUCAGGAAAGGACAGGCCACGCUGCUAAGAUUAACCUAAGCAGCCAGUUUCAAUGGCUUGCUUGUGGCUCGUAUUACUGGGGCAUGUGACGCAAAAAGUACACAAUGCAGGUAAUCAGGUUUGAAAGAUUUAUUGAAAAGCUUUCCCAAACCUAGGGGUGCAGACAAAUUGUUUUUCUGUAAACUGGUUGUUUUUGUAAACAAAACCAAAUCUGUUGCUAUGUAUGGGGCGGUUUGGCUGAAAUCUCAUUCAGCUUGAAGGCUCCACAAAUGGGGUGGAGGAAAGGACUUUUAAGCAUUCACACCUAAAAUG